AUGGGAGUGCAGGUGACGAAACAUUCGGUCAUCAGCGCAAACCCGACAGUAUUCGGCACGGACAAAGUUGUGAGGCCAGAAACAAACAGCAAAAGCGUAGCAGACGAAAGUUUUAAAGUGGCGAUUGCGGGGCUGCCAAAGGAUACGAGUCGCAAGCAGGACAAAAAACCUGUAAACAGCAUGGAAGAACAAGAGGAAGAUCUCGACUACGACGGUGACGAAGUCAUAGUUCCACGUAGUCAAGAGGAUCUGAUUCGAGAGGCUUUUGCUGGAGACGAUGUGGAAGCCGAGUUCCAAGAAGCAAAAGCGGCCGCAGUGGACGAGGAGUGUCCCCAAGAAGAACUCGAGAGAAUGGACUUACCAGGGUGGGGGCAGUGGACAGACAUCCAGAAGAAGAGAGGUCCUCCACAAUGGAUGCUAAAGCAACAGGAGGAGGCCAAGCGAAAGAAAGAAGAGGCCGAGAAGCGGAGACUGGAUGCAAAGCUCAAGCACGUCAUCAUCAGCCAGAAGACUGAUAAGAAGGCUGCAAAGUUCCUGUCGUCGUCGCUGCCAUUCCCCUACACAUCGAAAGAAGUUUUCGAGAAAACAAUGCGGAUGCCAUUGGGGGUGAUUACAAUCCAACCAAAGCUUUCCAGGACUUGACACGACCAUCUAUAAUCAAACGAGCGGGAGUGAUAAUCGAUCCAAUCGAGUACGAGGACGUCGGCAAGAGAAAACGCAAGCAAGAAAGUAACUCGCACGGAGCA